AUGGCAAGGGGUAAACAGCAACAACAACAACAGCAGCAGCAACAGCAACAACAACUCAAUGACAAGGGAAAGCAACAAGAGAAAGCAACUACAUGGAGCAACAACAGCAGCAGCAGCAGCAACAACUCAAUGGCAAGGGGUAAACAGCAACAACAGCAGCAGCAGCAGCAACAACAACUCAAUGGCAAGGGUACAACGGUUAGGAAACACAAAGACAAGGACAGUACAACGGUUAGGAAACACAAAGACAAGGACAGUACAACGGUUAGUGAACACAAAGACAAGGACAGUACGACGGUUAGUGAACACAAAGACAAGGACAGUACGACGGUUAGUGAACACAAAGACAAGGACAGUACGACGGUUAGUGAACACAAAGACAAGGACAGUACGACGGUUAGUGAACACAAAGACAAGGACAGUGCGACGGUUAGUGAACACAAAGACAAGGACAGUACGACGGUUAGUGAACACAAAGACAAGGACAGUACGACGGUUAGUGAACACAAAGACAAGGACAGUACGACGUAUGGCAAUGAAAAACACAAUAACAAGGACAGUACGACGGUUAGGAAACACAAUAACAAGGACAGUACAACGGUUAGGAAACACAAUAACAAAAACAGUACAACGGUUAGGAAACACAAAGACAAGGACAGUACAACGGUUAGGAAACACAAAGACAAGGACAGUACGACGGUUAGUGAACACAAAGACAAGGACAGUACGACGGUUAGUGAACACAAAGACAAGGACAGUACGACGGUUAGUGAACACAAAGACAAGGACAGUACGACGGUUAGUGAACACAAAGACAAGGACAGUACGACGGGCCAACUUGGCCUCCAAGAGGAAUAG